AUGAGCGAAGGGACGUCAGCGCAAAUCGACUCGCUGGACGAGAAGAAAGGUAAGAUUUCAGUUGGAAACAGAAUUUCAGAACCAUCGCUCACUUUCAGAUGACUCAGAACUGCUCAACAUUCGCAUUCCGACACAGACGAAAAAGUCGCAAAAGCGAAAACAUAUCAAGUGAGUUCUAUUAUAAAAAUCACGUCGAAUUUUCAAAGUCGAAUUUCAGAACGGAUUUCGGUUCGGUCGACCUCGAUGAAAGCGUGCUGGAGGCUCAAAGAGCCGAGAAAUUGAGAUUGGACCGACAGAAGGUCAAGCCGGUACGAAAUACACGUUUCAUUCCUCAUUUCUGUUUCAUUCCUCAUUCUCAAUCUUCUCAAAACCAAGGGCUGCAGCAAAUUUUCUCAACUCUCGAAAUUAAUAUUGAAAAAAGAAAAACCCUCUUAUCCUAAAUUUAUCAUGAAGUCGGGUCUUCCCACUGCAUCGAACUCUGACAAAUGUGAGGUUCUAGCCGAUAACUUCCAAGCUCAAUACCUUCAUCAUCAGAUUCCGGCCAGAUUUCUCAAAUUUAUAUCUCCCUUUAUAGCCAGUCCUGUGGCACAACUAUGUAAUCUCUCGAUGAUGCCAGGUGCCGUUCCCGCUCAGUGGACAAAAUCUAUAGUGUUUCCCCUUAAGAAAAUUACCAAUCCGACUCUACCCGUUCAUUUUCGUCCUAUCAGUUUAACCUCGGUCAUCUGCCGCUCUUACGAAAGGUGUCUAUUGCGCCAUUUACUUCAGCACCUUCAAGAGAUACAAUUCUGGAGCGAUAGCCAGCACGGCUUCCGACCAGGCAGAUCCACAACUACAUGUGCUUUAGAAGCCAUGAAUGACUGGACCACACAUUUGGAAGAGGGUCAACAGGUGGACGUGAUCUAUUUCGACUUCUGCAAGGCUUUCGAUAGAGUACCGCACUCGCUUCUAAUAGAGAAGCUAAUGAUGCUGAAUUUGAACGUGAAUCUUAUUAAUUGGAUCAAAGCUUACCUAAAUAAUCGCAGCUACCAAGUUCGAAUAAACAACGCACUCUCAUGGGGUACCACAAGGUGGGGUUCUGUCCCCAGUUCUUUUCUGUAUUUAUGUCAACGAAAUUAGCACUCUCUUCAAAUCUAGAUUUUGCUGACCACUGGAAGAAGACCAUUCGAAAAGCAAACAUAAUGACAGCGAACCUUUUCAAGUUUUUUUACUCCCUAAACACACGCCUGAUAACCCUUUUAUUCAAAACAUUCGUACGGCCCAUACUUGAAUACGGCACUAUUGUCACAUGUCCUUCUAAAAAAGCUACGAUAAGAGCAAUAGAACAGGUUCAGAGUAACUUCUCUCGUCAGCUUUGGUUACGGAAAAUAGGAGCUUUCGUACCUCGAGAUUCGCCAAACUACAUAAACGCCAGUGAACGUCGCCGUCAAUUUAACCUCGAAUCACUAGAAACUCGCCGAUCACAUUUAGAUAAGAAGUUUUUAAUCAAAUUGUUAGCUAACAAAGUCGACAUCAAUCCUGAUGACUUUUUCCUACGCUUAAACACUACACGGACUAGACGGAGUCACGUUUACCGAUGGAAGACUCCAAAAUCGAAGCUAAGACACAACUUUUUUACACACAGAGUCUUAUCAAAGAUGAAUCUGGCACAGGCAUCUGUUAAAUGAUCAUCUCUUUCCGUUUGCGCGGGCAAGUAGCUGAAGAUUCCCCAUUUAUUCCCCCAACUCCCCCACAUCCCCUCCCCCUUCUUUUUUCUCUCCUCUCUCUCUCUUCUCCACGUUAAAAUAAACCUAAAUAAAUAAUAAUAAUAAUAAGAUGCCAAAAGAAUGAUGAUGGAUUUUGCAGCAGAGUGAUCACCUGCAACAGAUGGAGUCACUGUUCAUGACUGGAAAUGGAGCACUCCCCCAACUCGAUAUAUCUCAUCAGGAUUUCGAUUUCGACGACGGUUUCGGGGACAAAGUGUUCGAAGAUGACACAGUUAGAAAGCGGUGCCGUUUUGAUUGCAUUAAAUAUGUUUCAGAAAAAAGUGAAGAUGGAAUUCGAGCAGAAACCUACGGCCUAUUCGCAGCCGUCCACAUCGAGAGGACCCGUUGCCUUUGUGGAUUUGACAGAAGAUUCAGAUGAUGAUUGUAUGAUAACAGACGUCAGAUCGACCCUCCCGGCUAUUGCCCCAGGUACGUCCCGCUCGGUUUUCUGGAAAUAAUCCUAAUUUUAGGCCGCCGGAUGAGAUGGGCGCAAGCAGAAAAAGACAAAAUAGACGCCGACCAAAUGGAGCAGCAGCACAGUUUGGAGGCGAAGAGACUGAAGAAAGUGCGGAGUAUGAAGGACUUGGAGAGUACUGAGAAGCUCGGCGGACGUCUUCUGGUGAACUCCGGUCAUCCGGCUGGAGAGGCUGAUGUGUUUGUCAUCGCCCGUUUGACGCAUAUCCUGCAGCCGCAUCAGCUCGGAGGAAUCCGAUUUAUGUACGAUAAUACGAUUGAGUCAGUGGAAGAGUACAAGAAGUCGGAAGGAUUCGGAUGCAUUCUGGCACACUCGAUGGGUCUCGGAAAGACAAUUCAAGUGAUCACUUUCUCAGAAAUCUUCUUGAGAGCCACGAAUGCAAGGAAAGUGCUCAUCAUUGUUCCGAUCAACACAAUUCAGAACUGGUAUGCGGAGUACGAGAAGUGGAUACCGCGGAUUUCGGAAUGCGGCGAUCGGAUAAGAGAGUUCGAAGUUUUUCUGCUCGGAGACACUGUGAAGACGUUUGAUCAGAGAGUGAAUCUGAUUGAGAAGUGGGAUCAGAAAGGCGGAGUUUUGCUGAUUGGAUACGACAUGUUCCGUCAGCUGAUCAAGCUGACGAACCCAAAAAAAGAGAAAAAAGGACGGCCGAAGCUGAAUCUUUCGGGAGUGUCUUCCGGUUUUGUGAAGAACUCAGUGGAAGAUGCGAAAGACGAACUGGACUUCGAAACAGGAUUUACGAAUGGAGGAAGGGUUCGCCAGGAAGCCUAUGAUCGUGAGUUUCUUCAAAGAGUCGGACAGUUGAAUGCCGUAUCGUUUCAGUUCUUCGUUGUGCUCUUCUGGAUCCGGGACCGGAGCUCGUUGUUUGCGACGAAGGUCAUAAAAUCAAGAACAUCACUGCCGAGAUCUCAUUGACUCUCGGGGCCAUCAAAACAAAACGUCGCAUCGUUCUGACCGGCUAUCCCCUUCAGAAUAACUUGAUGGAAUACUUCUGCAUGAUUGAUUUCGUCCGUCCCAAAUUUCUUGGAACUCGGAAGGGAUUCAUUGAAAAGUUCGAGAAACCGAUCAAAAACGGACAGUGCGUCGAUUCGACUGAACGAGACGUCAAAAUAGCACUGCAAAGGACGCAUGUGCUCGUGGAACUCGUCAAGGGAUUUGUGCAGCGAAGAACGCAUCACCUGCUGAAGCAGAUUCUUCCGGAGAGCAAAGAGUACGUGUUGUUGCUCCGAAAGAGCCCGAUCCAGCGGAUGCUUUAUCGUAACUUUGUGCUCUACGCUCGCAACGAACUCGCCCAGAACGACGCCGCCACAUUCAACCCGUUGAUGGCAUUCUCCGCGUGUUCCAAGAUCUGGAACCAUCCGGAUAUUCUGUUUCGAGUUGUCGAAAAGAUUAAGAAUUCGGAAUUUCUGGCGGAAGAGAAGAAGAAGGCGGCGGAAGUGAAAGUGAUGAUGCAGCAGCAGCAACAACAGGGAAUGAUGAUGAUGCAGAACGGAAUGAUCGGACAGAACAUGAUGUACGGAUACGGAGGGCAUCAAUCCAAUGGAAUGGCGUAUCAGAACGUGAGUUAUCGACAACGGUACAGCUCAUCGUUUUCUCAGUACUUUUAGGGAUCGUGGACAAAUGCGCUCCAAUCGUUGCCUGCUUCUCCUUUCAAUUCGGUCCCUUCCAACCCGUCGACUCCUUCGACUCCUGUGAAAAAGCCGCGUAAAGGCCGACCAUCGAGGAAAACGAAGAGCGACGAAGACGACGAAGAAAUGGAAAAGGAAACGAGAAUGCGAUACGAUUGGACGUAUCAACUGUUCGAGAACUAUCAGGAAGGCGUGCUCGAAAACGGUUACAAACUGACGAUCGCCAUUGAGAUCCUCGAUGAAUCCACGAAGAUCGGAGAGAAGAUUCUGAUCUUCAGCCAAAAUCUCGGAGCUCUCGACUUACUGGAAGAGGUUCUCAGGAAUCGAAGAAUUUUGGGAAAGGACGGAAGGACGAUCGUAUGGGAGAAGAAUCGAAAUUAUCUUCGAUUGGACGGUCAAACAAGCGGCACAGAACGCGAGAAGCUUAUCAAUCGGUUCAACUCGGAAUCCGGACUUCAUCUCUUCUUGAUCUCUACCCGAGCUGGAUCUCUGGGUAUCAACCUGGUGUCCGCAAACAGAUGUAUCAUUAUAGACGCCUGCUGGAAUCCGUGCCACGAUGCACAGGCUGUGUGCCGUGUUUAUCGAUACGGUCAACAGAAGAAGACGUUCGUUUACCGUUUGAUCAUGGACAAUUCGAUGGAACGAUCCAUUUUCAAUCGGCAGAUCUCAAAGCACGGACUGCAGCAGCGAGUUGUCGACGACGCACAAGUGGAUGCGAACAUCUCACAGAAAGAACUGGAGACUCUUCUUAUGUACGACGAGGCGCUCGACGUGAACCACGAGAAAUGGGACACGAAGGAGUGGGAGUUCGGCGAUGCCGUGCUGGAAACGAUAACGAACAAGAUGUCCCAGAUGCUCGCAGCGAAGCCGUUCCUCCACGAAUCCCUCAUAAUGGAAUCAGAGAAGACGUUGAGUGAAGAGGAGAAGAGAGAGGCGCAGAUCUUGUUCGAAAGGGAGAAGCAGCGAGAGAACAACGAUCCUCUGGGCGGUCUCAACAUGCUCUACAACAAUGCGAUGCUUCCGAUGAAUAUGCAGCCGUCGACAAGCUACAAUCAGCUGAACCAGUGGAACUCUUCUCCGAUGCACGUCCAAAUGCAUCAGAAUUACCAGACACCUCCACCGCCACCGUAUCCACCGCAUAUUCCGCCGCCUCCCAAUUUGCAACCAUCACAAUACGCGAUGCGUCCCACUCCGAUGCCACAAUCCCUCCGACUCACACAUUAUUCCGGUCCCAAUUAUCAACCCGGUGGACAUACGAUGACCUCGUACAACAACGGCUUCGGCAUGAACAACAACAACAACAACUCGAUGGUUCCGCAUCAGAUGCUUGCUCCUCACGAUCCGACUGCUUUCACCGGCUGCUCUCAUCUCAAACCAGCCAAAUUCAGUGCAUCCGGAGCAGUUCAGUUGCUGACCACCGACAGAGGUAUAGCAAAGAUCAUCAAAAUGUCCAUGUCCAUAGGUGCGCGAUGUUUGAGAAACGCCAGAACAUUUUUCCGCCCUGGCGGUCGGAUUGAAAUUUCCGAACCAGCGGCAACCAUAAGAACCCCUCCCCCCUUCCUGUGGAAAAGGAUAAAAAAAUUUUCAAAAACCUAUGCCCACGUCCCGUUUCAGCGCUUUGUUUCCCACUCGCCGGUCGACGUCUGACACUUCACGCGGUUCCGGCGCACACUGAAAUCCAAUUGGUUGUCACCAGAAAUGGAGCGUUGCUCAAAACGGCCGAUGGAACCAUCAUGGAAGCUCAGAACAGUAUCUUCCAUGACCGUAAGGAGUAGCUCGAUAGUUCUGUUUCUCAAAAAAAUUCGUUCUAGACGCUGAAAGUCUGCGAGCAGCCUUCACGACGAUGGAGUUCAACAAAGAGCCCGAAGUGAUCGAUCUGGAUUAG